AGAAGAGGGAAGUUUGGAAAUAAACCCCGCCUAUCCCACGGCAGGAAACUUUCGUUGCAGCAAUCUGGUUAGGCCGAGAGAGGAUACUGUGUUGUAGCGUUAUCCCGGUCUACCGCCCACUUUAUUUCCGGUUCUUUACUUCGUGUGAACUGUGUACGCCAGUUUACGGGCCAAGGGCGAAAAUAAUACAACAUGACAAGAACAUCAACAAAAUGACAGGCUGAAUAAAUGUAUAGCUUGAACGUAGAAUCGGACUAAAGUAAUAUCGGAAACACGUAACGAAUAGAGCUAGCUAGCUCCCUCUCGCCGCCACCCAUGUCCUGAGUGCUCGCCCUCCCUCACCGAUAACGCCAAUUCGGAGCACCCCGUUCCGUGCGCUCCGUCUUGAAGUGGGAACGCCUGGAACCGAAUUGCUGACUGUCGACUCGAGUAGCUGUGUCACCGGGUAGGGAAAUUGUACCACGUGCCGACCCAACAGUGGCUUGUAUCUAGACAAACGGACCCAGUGCUAAUACUACAUGCGUGGACCUAGAGUGACACAAGGAGAUCAUGAUCACGUGUGAUUGCUGGUACUAGGCGGGCACGUAAGUAGCUCACUAAAAGCAAAGACAGACUUUCAAGUGGGAGUGAAACGAGUUCUGCUUGUCAAUUCUAUUCCUGGGGAGUUUGAGUUCCAUACCGGUUGCGCUGGUUAGGUUGAGUUUACGUUCAACAAGUCUGUUGACUCUAAUAGUGUUCUGUUCUGGUGUUAGGGUUAGGGAUAGUAUGUUUACGCGUUGUCAUUUUAAACCGGGCAAACUUUAGUCUUUACAGCUGUAGACAGUAUAAACACCCUGAACGGGCUGACCCGCCAGUGGGCAUUACACACUCACACUCAGUGACUCAGAAACCCCCCCAAAAAGAACUUUAAGCAGCCAUGUGGACAUAAAUACACUCGGGACAUAGGUACACCCGGGACAUAGGGACACCCGGCAGGAUGGACGUCGAGGAGCCUCCCGCCGAGCCGCCGCUGCAGCCGACCCGGCUGUACGUGAAGCGCUGGUUCAUCGUGCUGCUGUUCAGCUCCUACUCGCUGUGCAACUCGUACCAAUGGAUCCAAUACGGAAUCAUCAGCAACAUCUUCAUGCGCUACUACGACGUGAGCACCUUCACCAUCGACUGGAUGUCCAUGAUCUACAUGCUGACCUACAUCCCCUUCAUCUUCCCGGUCACCUGGCUCUUGGAUAAGAAGGGGCUCCGGGUGGUCGCGCUGGUCGCCACGGCGCUGAACUGUGCGGGCACCUGGAUCAAGGUGCUGAGCGUGCGGCCGGACCUCUUCGCCGUCACCUUCCUGGGGCAGUUCUGCUGCUCGUGCGCGCAGGUGUUCAUCCUGGGCAUGCCGUCCACCAUCGCAUCCGUGUGGUUCGGCUCCGAGGAGGUGUCCACCGCCUGUUCAAUAGGAGUGUUCGGCAAUCAGCUGGGCAUCGCCAUCGGGUUCCUGCUGCCGCCCAUCCUGGUUCCCAACGUGGAGGACAUGGACGAGCUGGCCGGGCACAUCCGCAACAUGUUCUACAUCACGGCCGGUGUGGCCACCUUCCUCUUCAUCCUGGUCAUCAUUGUGUUCCAGGAGCGUCCGGAGCUGCCCCCGACCCAGGCCCAGGCCCGGGCGCGUAGCCUCCCCCCGGAGCAGUACUCCUACCUGGCCUCCAUCCUCCGCCUGGUGCGGAACCGGCCCUUCAUGCUGCUCGUCGUCACCUACGGACUGAACGUUGGCUGUUUCUACGCAGUCGGCACCCUCCUCAACCGGAUGAUCAUCAUCCACUACCCUGGUGAAGAGGUGAAUGCUGGGAGAAUCGGACUUACCAUCGUGAUCGCCGGCAUGGUGGGGUCUCUGAUCUGUGGCAUCUGGCUGGACAAAACCAAGACAUACAAGCAGACGACCCUGGUGGUGUACUUCAUGUCUCUGGUGGGGAUGGUCGUAUACACCUCAACCCUUAGUCUGGGCCACCUAUGGGUGGUCUUCAUCACGGCCGGAUCUCUCGGGUUCUUCAUGACGGGGUACCUCCCGCUGGGCUUUGAGUUCGCCGUGGAGCUGACGUACCCCGAGUCAGAGGGCACCUCCUCCGGGCUGCUCAACUGUUCCGCACAGGUGUUCGGGAUCAUAUUCACGAUAUGCCAGGGGAAGAUCAUUGACACUUACGGCACGCUGCCGGGAAACAUCUUCCUCUGCGUGUUCCUGCUGAUCGGCGCCGGACUGACAGCUCUGAUCAAAUCGGAUCUUCGUCGACAAAAAGCCAACAAGCUGGUCAAAAUAGCAGCCGCAGCAGCGAUGACGGACCCGGGCAAGGAGUGCAGGGCCGUCACCCCAAUGAUCCAGCCGCAGAGCGUCCCGCCUCCUUCUAGAGAUUGACCAAUCAACCACCAUCACACCCGCCCCCACCCCUCACCCCCCCCACCCUUUCACUUCCAAAACCAAGCAAACACUUGUUGGGUUCGACAAAAACCAAAAUCGAACCAAAUCCUAGCGCGACCCGCGGACGAGCGAAGGUAGGUCACGGCUGAGGCACACCGACUAUUGACACCACCCAACCCAACCCCCCCCUCACCCCCAAUCCCAUCACGCUACUGGUAAUCAGCACGCUGCACACACACACACACACACACACACACACACACACACACACACACACACACACACACACACACACACACACACACACACACACACACACACACACACACACACACACACACACACACACACACACACCUGCCUGUUGGAUGUCCUCCCCAUCCCACUAACUCUUCCUUUCUCCUCUUCCAUCGAUGAUUCACGUUCCUGCGUUGUGUUUUCGUACGAUCACGGACGCGUUACCUACUUUAGGAUGUGGAGAUGCGCCCGAGCGAACUAUUGGUACACAGUGUGUCAAACCGACCAGCAUUUUUAGUUGAUACUUCUCUGUGGAUUCUAAGUGGUUGUUCAACUUUUUUACACAUCUUCUGUUUUUAUUGUCAUUCCACACUGUUUGUACUGUAUUUUGCUCUUUGGGUUUACAGUAUCAGUGACAUAGUCAGUCUUCAAAUAAUAAGUAGGUAAUAUAAGAGUAAUGUAUUUUUAACAUUAGGGUUGGUUGAUUAUUACAUGUCCUUGAGUAUUCCGUGUAUUUUGAAUGCAAUAUCCUCCCCGAAGCUUUAAAACACCCGUCCUAGGACUGCCACCUGGUGGUUGGUGUGUGCAUGUUCAACUGAACGGUCACUCAACGAAACGACCAGUCAUGGAUGUCAGUUGGAUAAAAUGACACACGGUUACCAGUACAGUUCUUUCAAUGUAUAUUUAUAGAAUAUCAACAUAACAUUUGGGAAUAUGCAGGAAGAACACUUUUGUAAAGAAAAUGCCCAUCAAAGGCUAUAUUUUUAUUAACUACUAUUGAUGAAAAAAUAACCUUGUUGUUACUUGACAGGAUCCUGACUCUAUGACUGGCACACCUUCAACAACCAUUUUGAGGGAAUUCAAGUGUUAAUAACACACACACACACACACACACACACACACGAUCAUUUUAUGAUCAAACAGAAUGUGAAAGUAAAUUAAGAUGACUGAAUUCAAAAAAGUGUUAAACAUUAUUAAUUUAUACCUAUAUCAAAGGUUUCUAAUUAACAUUGUUGUACACAUAGUUUGUUAAUCUUUCUUGUACUUGGUAUGUUUUGUAUGGAAUCUCAACCACAGAAAUCACAAAAUCAUUGCACUCUGGAUAAUGUCAGUGCCUAAAUAUUUUUUGUAUGUAUUAGAGUACAAUUCAAUGUCUUUCUAUACGUAACUUCUAUCACUUUAAAAUGUGUUCAAACUUGAUUGUUAAGAUAUUGGGAAACCACACAGCAGAAAUGAAAUUGUGUAGGUUAUUUCUUAAUGACUUAAGUUAUUUUAUUAUUUUUGUGAGGGAAAAAGAUUAAUUUGUUGUGAAGAAUAAUCUGCUAUUAUUGUGGUUUGUAUGUUUUUACAUUUUAAAAAUGCCUUAAAAGAGCAACAGAUCUGUGAAAUAUGAAAAAUAUGCUUAGUUGUAUCUUCAAUCAUGGCUGUCUACUUCGAAGUCUCUGUGAGUCUUCCAAACCAUGCCAUAUCUUUGGAAACAUGACAUUAAACAUGUUGAACUGGGAUGAAAAUAA